AUGGGCAUUCUCAUCGUACAGGAUAACCAACCAUGCGACUACCUCGCCGCACCUCACAUGGUGCGGACAGUGAAGUUCCUCAAGACGUUGGCCAAGGGACCGACCAUCCUCUCCUCCGAUUUUAUCGACGCUGCCCUGGAUACGGGCGAGGUCCCUGAUCCUGACGAGUUCCUCUUGAAGGACAAAGAGAACGAGAAGAAGUUCGGCGUCACGAUCGAGACAGCGGUGUCCAGAGCGAGGGCCAAUCUUGGCAAGCUCCUUUGGACUGUCCCCAUCUACUGCACGGCCAACAUCUGCAACGGCCCCGAUAGCUACAAGGCCAUUGCCGAGGCCAACGGAGCCAUGUUCAAGUUGUAUCGUGCGCGCAGUGGUACGACCAUCAAGCCGACGACGGAGGAAGAAGACGGCGGCGCACCGCCCGAGCCGGUCUACCUCCUCAGCUCCAACAGCGCCGAAGAAAGAUCACUGUGGCCCAAAUUCGAGGAAAUGGCGCGGAAGGGUCACAUGGACCCUCGCAUAGUCGCGGCCGACUGGCUCUUGGAUGUGGCCAUGACGCAGCAGGUGUCUUUUGACGAGAAGUAUCUUGCCCGGAACUUCUUCGACAAGGGCGCAUAA